AUGCCAGAUAAUGGACUAUCCUUGGAGAAUACAACAUUUGACAGUUCGGAAAGACACGAUGAGACUACCAAGAGCGCUAGAUUUGUUGGUAUGAGUACUCGGCUUCCAACUUCAGUAUCUUCUGAGGUUGAAUCGGUAACGAGUGAAGCUGCUGUUGACUGGGAAGAUGCGAGUUUCUCGAUAUCUUCUGGUUCCGAGUUCGAAUUUUCGGAUCAUGACGAAUCGAGUCUUAGCGAUUCUAUAUUUGAACCAGAAGUUCUUACAGAUGAUGACAAUGGCGCAAGUUCUCCUAGUGAAGGGGAGAGAUCUUGUGAUGAGCUUGCUGUCGAAGAGAACAUGAUCCACUCUUCACAGAGAAAGUCGUCCAAGGGCAAAUCGUCAUCAGCAACCAAAUCGAGCAAAGCAAAGCAUGAAAAAGAUGUUGACAGCAUAUUCGACGAUAUGGUGUCGAAAGCAUUGAAUCUUGGGUUAAGUGCUUCGCUCAAAGGUCUCGCUGGACGCAAGCUCAGAGUAGGCACGAUGUUGUCGGGUACGGAGGCUCCCAUUAUAGCCCUGCAGCUGAUUUCGAAAGCUCUCGAACUACAAGGACAAGAACCUCUUAAUGUUGAGCAUGUCUUUAGUGCUGAGAUCGAAGGCUUUAAACAAGCAUAUAUUGCAAGAAACUUUCCUGGCUCUAUUAUUUUUCGAGAUGUCUGCGAUUUCAUUAAUGAGGAAGCCGAAACUGCAAGCACUAUUUAUGGCGCAAAGGUUCCUAUUCCUCGAGACAUCGACUUCCUGAUUGCUGGAUUCGUGUGUAAAGAUUUAUCGACUCUUAACAACAACAAGAAGUCACUUGACGCUGGCGGAGAGUCAGGCGACACAUUCCUGGGUAUUUUCACUUAUGCGAAGACGAGACGUCCAAAAGUCAUUCUUAUCGAGAAUGUUAAGGCCACCAACCAACUUUGGGACAGUCUCAAGGUUAAGUGGGGCGGAAUUGGGUACGAAGCUUCCUGGCUUAUAUGCGACACAAAAUUAUAUGGUCUUCCGCAAACGCGGCAAAGAAUGUACAUGAUUGUUGUCGACAGGAAAUUCUGUGGCAAAGACUCUCGGAAAGCAACGAGCACAUGGAAAACGACGAUGACUCAAUUGGAGCGCCCUUGCAGCAGCACUUUCGAGGACUUCCUUAUUGAUGAGGACUGCUUUACAAUGGGUGAUUUCAAUCAGCGUUUCUUCAAGUCACGGAACUGGGAUACAGACUGGAAUCUUUGCAGGCUGAGAUACGAUGAAAUUCGUUCUGAGGAAAAACUGGGUAACAAGCGACCAGUGACGAACUGGAGUGCAACUGGGCAAGUCCGGCCACCAGACAUCGCCAAUCACAAUUGGUAUAGAGCGCAGUCUAGCAGGGCAUGCGAGGCUAUUGACAUCGCUCACCUUCAACUUGCGAAAUAUGGCGCAGACUCGCUAUAUAAGAUGGCAGUGUGGGACGUGUCUCAGAACGUUGAUCGAUUCAAGCCAAAUCUUGGUAUAGUCUCGUGCAUUACGCCAUCGGGAAACAAUUUUAUAACCAACAGACAAAGCGCGCUGCUAGGCAGUCAGCUUCUUAUUCUACAGGGCAUACCGUACGAAAACCUCCAUUUUACAAGGGAGACACAAAAGGAAUUACAGGACCUGGCUGGUAAUGCAAUGUCUACCACCGUUAUUGGAGCCUCGCUUCUUUCCGCGUUCAUCGGCGUAGGGACUCAAUUACACCAUGGCCUUGCUCUGGCAACUGCGGCUACUAAGCAAAUCAGGCCUGCAUCGAUUGGAAAGGACCAGAUGGUGAACAUGAGAAAGGAUACGAUUUUGCCCAUAGACACGUCUAAGAUAGACAUAUCUCAACUUGUUAGGGAUGCUCUAGUAAGUUCACGGCUUUGUGCCUGCGAGAACUCAGUACGUAUCUCACGGGCACAUAUCCAGCGGCUUAUGCCUUGGGCUUUUGAGCGCAAAUGGCGACUAAAACUACCCGCCCGUUUGCAGAUUUCUGGCUUUCCAAGCGGGGCAGAUAUUGCUCGUCGUUAUCGGACCCUUAAUGAAAAAAUUCAACUUCCCCUCAUAAGUGUGCUUGAGGAAGCAAAUGUUCAUUCUACAAAGUUUAAUCUGAAGACUUUCACGCGAAGGAAUGGUUACUGGGCGAUACGCUACGCCCCUAACCAUGCAACGCUUGAGUUGCAUGUUGGAAAGAAAGCAAAUUGGAUCCUUCUACUGCGAAAAGCGCUUUCAACGCCCAUUGCACAAGGAGAAGUAGGCAAGUCAUUGCUUAAUCCAGAGUGGCAUUUGCGCAUUCCCCAAAGCGAAAGCCGCACAAUCACCAUGACAGCGUCUCCAGAUCGCACGGCCUCAUGGAGAUGCAGGCUCGGUCUCAGAGAUUACCAAAAGGAUACUAUGCCAGUGUCUUUAGACGUAGACGAUACUUCCAUAUCUAAGUCUGACAAUCUCGAUGGCAUAUAUGAGCUACUGCCGGAUUGUGGGACCGCAAUGUCGAGCUGUUAUAAAAGCACACAGCAGGGAGGAAGCAUGUAUUUGUUCCUCGAGUCGAACCUAAUAGGACCUGGUCACCAGGACUCCUUCAUCUUUAGCGAGCGUUGCCAUCAUGCAAGACUCGACAGACCAUGCAGAGUGAUCGCUCGUUGCGCUUCUACAUGGAGACCAUGUGUUGAGAGUACUGAGAAUUGGCAACGAGUUGACCUGAGGCUAACGCCCGCUGUUCCACCUAUUGAACGAACAAUCGCGUUGGUCUCUACCUUUGCAGCGAAGAAAGUCCGUCGCUGUGACCAGUCAAUACCAAUCUUGGAGGUGACGAUACCAGACGUUGAAGGAGCUUUUAACCUUGCUACGCAUUCAUGGGCAUUGGAACACGCGAGGCUAGUACCAUGCGCUCUAGAGCCUAUGUGCGACUGUGCGCCUCCUAUCCCUAGACCGUUAUACAGCAUCAAUGGCAAAGGAGAGGCAAUCUCACAGGUGGAUGAAGAAGCCAUUGAGAAUUCGAACGGUCGCCUUCAGAUGAGAUUCAAUAUCGCUGCCUUAUUACAUCGCGCACGGAAUCAUGCUGAGCCCCAGCAUGACUAUACAGCAGCGUGGAGGUUGACAUUGGACCAUGUAGAAGAUUCGGCACGUGAAGCUCCUCAGGGCUUUCAACUACACAGCUGCGCAUUACAGAAGCCUUAUACCGGUAAUCUCUCUUUGAAGCAUGACCUGUCCACGUCCCAAGAAAAGUCGCUAUCUUGGAUGAUUGAUCAGGAAAAGGGGAAGGUUUUAACAAUUGAGGAAAUUGAGGAAGUCGUUGACGCUCAGUUACACUGGAGAGCAGAUGUCCGCAUUCAGUACAAGACAGUUAUCCGCGGUGGUAUUCUGGCUGAUUUGCCUUCGUUUGGCAAGACAGUCACGACUAUUGCGCUUAUCCAGAGGGAGUAUGAGAUUGACGAGGUCUACGGUGCUCCUCCUCAAGGACUUACAGUCCCACUUGGCUUGGUCUCGACGGCUGCUACUCUAAUAGUCUGUCCUCAGACUCUCUAUAGGCAAUGGCACGACGAAUUCGUUAAGUUCUUAGGGAAGACGCAAUGCGCUCAAAUGGGCGUGCGGGCAAUAGGAAGCAUGGAAGACCUAAAAAGAACGACAAUUGCUGAUAUUCAAAACAGCCGAGUCGUCAUUGUACCAUGGAAUGUCCUUGCUGAUGAUGAGUACAUUAAGCAGCUUGCAGAUUUUACUGCCAUGCCUAAACUAGCACCAAAACAGGAAAAACGGGCUUUUGAUUCAUGGCUUAAAUAUGUCAAUUCGGAGAUUCCAAGUCGAGUAAAAGAACUUGUGCAAGAGGGAGUCAGAUUGUUCAAGCGAGGCAAGAAAGAGGCACUAGAGGCCCGCCUUAAGCAACCAGGCUUCAAGGGAAUUGUGCCUUUAAAACCUCAACACGGGAGCGCAUACCAAUCCUACAAGAGCAGAAACCUAGACUGGUCAAAGGCGCCCAUCCAGGAUGUAAAGAGCGGUACAAGGCCUAGGUAUACAAGCAAAAGCCAAACCGACGACUGGACAUCAUACGGUUUCCCACUUCUGCAUCUAUUCACAUUCAACCGGAUUGUGAUUGAUGAGUAUCAUUAUCUCUGCAGUAGCGAUCUGAAGAACUCAUCAGCAUAUGCGCUUGUUGAAAAUUUAUCAGGUCACAAGCGUUGGGCCCUUUCCGGGACGCCUGCUUUAGGGGACUUUACAGAUAUUUGUCAGGUCGCGAGACUGCUAGGUGCUACUUUGGGUCGUUCCGCAUACGCACAUAACAUGGGAUCAAGUCUAUCAGAAAAGAGGCUUAGGCAAGACCUGACCAUCACUGAGGACAUGUGUGCUAGAAUGGAAGCGUUCUCUUACAAUUGGCAUGCUGACCGACAUCGACGAGCACAGCAAUUUCUGGAUGAUUUUGCGCGACAAAAUUCAGCAGCAUUGAAUCGCAUCCAAUGCAAGGAGUCUCUUUAUGCUAUCAAGCUUGGCCUUGCCCAUCACAGCAUGUAUUUAGAGCUCUCGCAACAUUUGAUUGCUCGCAACAUGCAAGGAAAGCAAGCAAGGGACCGGCCAAAGUCCAGAUUUCCAGCUCGAUUCAACAUAGCCCUGGAUAAUGCGGUAUCUGGUGAAGCGGCGCUUUUGAGUUUGGCACUCUCGUGCAAGCAGGAUGCUACGAUUAGUGGAAUCAUUCGCAAGCGCGUUGAUGCUAUCAACGAAUCGGAGGCCGAGAUCCGGAAAAUAUUGAACCGUGCUACCAAGUUAGGGUGGGUUUCUCACAAGUCAAGCAAGCACUUUUCUGUCUUCAUAAAGGAUAUCACAUCCGAUCAUACAUUAGGGGACAUGGAUGCUACCUUGGAUAUGCGCCAUUUGAUCAGUCGGGCAAAGUCUUCGACAUCAUCAUCAUCAUCGCCCUCGAAAAGACCAUCUAAAGACCUCAAAGAAAAGACUGCUGAGCUGCGUAGUCUGGCGCAGGAGCUCGUGUCCCGCAAAAGGUCUCUUCGAUUCACCAACGCCAUUAAAGAUAUUCUGCCCGUUCACUCUGAAGACCAAGACAACACAAGUCAUGAGUGCACUUCAUGCCGCAAAUCCAGAUUCCUCUCGCAGAUAUAUCUCUCAGCUUAUUGUGGGCAUGUUGUCUGUCAAACAUGCUUGACCUCUAGAGCUGAUGGUGAAGUAUGCGUUCACAAAGACUGUGAUGCGCGAAUGUCUGCAGAGGACCUCAUCAAGACCUCUGAUCUAAGACCUCUACGGGACUUAAACUCGUCAACAGGUCGAGGAAAGAAGAUAGAUCACUUGCUUCAACUCCUUACAGAUAUUCCGGAGGACGAACAGAUGGUGUUAUUUGCACCAAAUGAGCAAGCAGUUGGCACGGUGCACCAAGCUCUGCGAUCUGCUAAGAUUAGAGCACAUGCAGUUGUCACGAAUAGAAGUGCAGAUGUCGACAAGAUACGAGAGUUUCAAGAUAACAGCAACGCAAGGAGCAUGGUAAAAGUGCUCGUCUUGAAUCUUGCAGAUGAGUCUGCUGCAGGACUGAAUCUUGUAAACGCAAACCACGUCGUUUUUAUUUCGCCACUUAUCACAGAAACCCAAGAGCAGUACGACGCUGCGAUGACGCAGGCCAUAGCACGUUGUCGAAGGUACGGGCAAAAGAAGAAAGUACUCGUCUACCAUUUCGCCGCACUGUAUACAAUCGACGUCGAUGUUCUUCAGCAAAGGCAUAGAAGAACCGAUGCACUUAGCAGACAUGGUGUUCUAUCAAGUCCGAACAAUAAAGGGGAUGUGAAGGCGGAGAGAACGAAAAUGGUGGUCAAUUCUAAAAAAGUGGCACAUCUUGUCCCUCAGUCUUGGCUGGAGAAUGAAGAACAAUGUCAGAAACUCGGGAUAAAAAAGGGAUGUGAUGAGAGACUGACAUCCUUGAUUCCUUUGGCAGAACGGUUUGGCGAGGACUAG